GCAUAAUACUAAGGAGAUUAUGAUUGAGAGUUGAGAUUCCAGAUCGUGUAGCAGAUAAUGAGCAUUCUAACAACAAGGCAAGAUCUUAGCCUGAAACAGUCAAUUGUCGCGUAUUAGAAUUUGUAUUAUUUUAUUUAAUUAUGUUCUUUACGCGGGUGGUUCGUCCGAUAAUGCUUGUUGUUCUGCUUUCCGGUUCCGGUCAGAGUGUAUAUAAUCAAAAUCCAGUACCGUUUUCAAAGUUAGCAACUUGUCAAGAAUUCACUCUGAAUGCGGAAAGGUGCAUGCACUUCUUUCCAAUUGAAAGUGUUAAAAAUUAUAAAACGAAGGAAAAUAAAAUCCAUUUAAAGUUUUAUGUUAUGGCCGCAAGGGAUGCAAACAUUGUACUUUCGAGUGGUUAUGGAGAAAACGAUGCUCGGUAUACAGCUGUUAUUGGAGGUGUGGAAAAUACAUAUUCCUGGAUUAGUAAUAGACAGGAUACUAUAGUCGGACAGGAUAGUCGUCUGCCUAAUAUCCUCUCACCACUUUAUCCAACUCCAAUUGUUGUUCUACAGAAAACAAGUGGACAGUUACACAUAUCAAUUCCAAGUCAGGCAGAGCCGCUUCUGAUGGCUGACGCUCCCGAUUUAACGGAAGUGAAGUUAUUUUGCCUAUACUCAUGGAGGACUGACAGCCGCUGGUUCUUCAACUGCACUGAAGUGGAAGAUGAUGAUAUGAUGCGUGCGCUUGAUAGUGACCCGUAUUACUAGUUAUGUGUAUUUGAUCAUUUGGGAGAUGUUAGAAAAUUUCGGAGCUGCCAUUAAAAAGAUGUUUUUAUUUCAA